AUGACUGGCUUGCAUCAACCCGCCCCGGGGCCAACCGUCAUCAACGGGAACGGUUCUUUCGCCGCGGAGAGCGCGCCUGUGGAAGGCCUUGCUGGGUUUCAACAGGAGGUUGGGAGCAUCCAGGACCAGAUUCGCGAAUUCGAGGCGAACGUCGCGAGGAUAUCCGAGUUGCACUCGGUCUCGCUGAACGCCAUGGAUGAGGCUGCAACCCGUCAGAAUUUGGCGCUUCUAGACGACCAGGUCGCUCAGACGCGAACCCUGAGCAAUGCCAUCAAGCUGCGAAUACAGGCGCUGACAGACAAACCCACGGCCGGUGUUGACAAGAGGCUGCGUAAGAAUCAGCUGACGUUGAUCAGCAAUAAAUUCAGGGACGCCCUGCAGAACUACCAGAACGUCGAGAGAGAUUACCGGAAGCGGUACAAAGAGCGCGUCGAGCGUCAAUUCAAAAUCGUGAAGCCGGAUGCGACGGCGGAAGAGGUUGCUGCGGUUGUCAACGACGACUCCGGCGGACAAAGCCAGAUAUUCGCCCAAGCACUUGCCAACUCUGAGCGAUGGGGCGAGUCGCGCGCUGCCUAUCGAGAAGUGCAGGAGCGACACGAGGAAAUCCGUAGGAUUGAACAGACUAUGGGCGAGCUGGCGCAGCUUUUCAACGAUAUGAGCGUCCUUAUCAACCAACAACAAGAGCAAAUCGACAUUAUCGAGCAGACGACGGAAGGUGUCUCGAAGGAUGCCGAAGCAGGAACCGAGCAAGUGGAAAAGGCCGUCAAGCACGCGCGGGCAGCCAGGAGGAAACGCUGGAUCUGCUUCUGGCUGACAUUGCUCCUGCUCGCCAUCGUCGCCAUCGUCGUGGCGGUCGUCGUCACCCAAAAUACCCAUCACUAG